UGGAUGCUAACAUACCUUUCUUAGUUAAGACUGAUUAGAAAUGAUUUUUUUAAAUAUUUGUUUUUAAAUAUCAAAUUCAUAAAGACAUAUAAUUUCAUGUAAAUAUAUUUAAUAUUUUAUAUGUUUGAUAUAGUAACAUAUGUUUUUUAUUUUUAUGUAAAGGAUUUUACUCAUCGAGAUUUCUUUUUUUAAUUUUACUAAAAGUUACUUAUAUGUUUAUCAGUAACUUUUUCAUUGUUGUAAUAUGUUUCAACAGCGCAGAAAUAUUUGAAAUAUAUAUUUAAAAAUAGAAUUUGGUUUAAUUAUUUAUGGUUGCGAUGUAAAGUUUUUAUAAUGAAUUGAACGUAUUUACAUAUAACGCUGUGCACACCUUAACCUCAAAAAAGAGUUUAAAUGUUUUUCGACGAAAAAGUAUUUUUUUUUAAAAGAGGUAUUUUUAUCUUAAGAUGGCAUAUCGUUUGAGCAAUAAAGAAAAAUUUAAGUCAUUUUUAAAAGUGACCAGUACCGCUACUGUUUUCUAUGCCGGGGUCUGCAUUUAUCAGGGUGAUGAAAACAUUUACAACAAAUUUGUCAUGCCAUUCGUACAAUUAAUAGAUCCCGAAUUUACACACAAUUUCGCAGUGAAAAUUUUAAAAUGGGGUCUUUUAUCUAAACCAAAUGUAAAUGAUCCAACUUCUCUUGCCAUUGAUGUUUGGGAUUUAAAAUUUAAAAAUCCAGUAGGGAUGGCAGCUGGUUUUGACAAACAGGGUGAAGCAAUAGAAGGCUUGCACAAAAUAGGAUUUAGUUUUGUAGAAAUAGGAUCGGUUACACCAAAACCUCAAGAAGGCAACUCCAAACCUAGAUUAUUUAGAUUAUUAGAAGACAAUGCAGUUAUUAAUAGAUAUGGUUUCAAUAGCGAAGGUUAUGAUGCAGUGUGGAAAUAUUUACAAAAAUUAAAAAAAAAUCAGAACUUUAAUGGUAUCGUUGGAGUUAAUUUGGGUAAAAAUAAAACAUCAGAAGAUGCAGUUCAAGAUUAUAUAGAUGGUAUUAAGAAAUUCUCAGACGUAGCAGAUUACUUUGUAAUUAAUGUAUCUAGUCCUAAUACUCCUGGAUUAAGAACAUUACAAAGAAAACAAGAUUUAGAAGAUUUGUUAAUAAAAAUUAACGAAAUCAGACGAUCUAUACAAAGCAAUCAACCUUUACUAUUGAAGCUCGCUCCAGAUUUGUCCGAUUCCGAAAAGCAGGACAUUGCAAAUGUAAUACUUGAAGAGAAGUCAAAAGUAGAUGGUCUAAUAUUGUGCAAUACUACAAUAACGCGUAAUAAUUUAUCGAGUCCUCUUAAAAACGAAACCGGAGGCCUCAGUGGUGCACCUCUUACCGAUAUGUCAACCGCAAUGAUAUCUGAUAUGUAUAAACGAACGCGAGGUACUAUUCCAAUUAUCGGAGUUGGUGGUAUAUUUAGUGGAGCAGAUGCUUAUAACAAAAUUAAAGCUGGUGCUUCAUUGGUACAAAUUUAUACAUCAUUUAUAUUUAUGGGGCCACCAGUCAUAGGAAAAAUUAAACGAGAAUUAAAUGAUAUGCUGAAACAAGAUGGCCUGAAAUCUAUUAAAGAUGCGAUUGGGAAAGAUGUCAAUAUUAGUAAAUAGUUAUAUACAUAAUAAUUAUUUGCUAAAAUUAUCUAUAUUAUUGAAUUAUAUUAUGUUAAAAUUAUUUUAACAUAAACGACUUCGUUUUUUUUUCGUUUAAUUGCUAUAAUUAAUUUCUGUUUUGAAAAUAUGUAUAUUCUACAUGUAUAUUCUAAGUAUUCUAUAUAAGUAAUAAAACAAUAUUUGUGAUACGCAACAA